AAAUGUCAAUUUGUGCAUGGUAUUAGCCUGGAAACUCGACAAACUAAAAGUUGAGUCAUUUCCCGUGGUAUUAUGACAACAUUCACGUGGAUAGUGUAUCACAUCAUAGCUUUCCGUCUUAUCUGCAUAUUUCCUUCAAGAUAAACAAAACAUCAAUCGUGGUCAGUGCGUCAAGAGCAACACUGACCUUAACAUGAGUGCGUUUAGCAUAAUUAUCUUCGGUAUUGUGUCAUAUAUGCUGUUUAUUAACAACAAUUGCAGUGCUACAAUUAUCAGUUCAGUACAAAUUAAAAACGGUAGCUUAGUAAGAUCUCAUUGGCAUGGAGUUAGUAGUCUUACUCGUGAACGAUUCAAUAUUUCUGGUAUUAUUUCGUCAGAGAGUGAAACAAAUUUUCUUCGGUUGAGCAAAGUAGAUUGUCUAGGUUUGGGUAGUGCAAUUGCAAGCACUCUGCAUUGGUUUUUUGUUGGUAGUUGCAAGGAUUGUGACAAUUUGAAUGUAAAGUUUUACUUGUCAUCGAGAAGGCAACGCCAUCGAGUCGAGGUUUUAGUUGGAAGGCAAUUUGGCUUGGAAUGGACAGACUUUCAAAUGAACCGAAGAACUGUUCUUAUUGUUCAUGGGUUUUUGUCUCAUGGCAAUGAAAUGUGGAUUAAAACUAUGGAAGAUGCAUUCCUUUUGUGGGGUGACGUUAAUGUAAUUGUUGUUGACUGGAGUGCUGGAGGAAACUCCUGGAAUUAUUACAAGGCUGUUGUAAAUACCAGGAUUGUUGGAGACAAAAUCACCAGAUUUUUAGGACAGAUAGUUAACACUACACUGGCUAGUGGAAAUAUACACCUAAGUCAAUGGGGCCCCCUGCACUUGGUGGGCCAUAGCCUGGGGGCUCACAUUUGUGGUUUUGUAUGUCAUAACUUUAAUCCUGUGCAAAAAAACUGGUUAAUACAACGAGUAACUGGUUUAGAUCCUGCACAGCCAUGUUUUACUACAAAAGAUCUUGCUAUGAAAUUGGAUAGAACGGACGCGCCCUUUGUUGAUAUUAUUCAUACAAACGGUCGCCUGUUAUCACACUUAGGGCUCGGAUUACCGACACCGAUAGGUCAUGUUGAUUUUUAUCCAAAUGGUGGCAUGAAGCAGCCCGGUUGUGAUUCGAUGAUGGGCUCUUCCUUUUUUAACUUCUUACCUAUUUCGAACUCGAAAAUCCAAGAAACAAUAUGCAGCCAUGGACGCUCCUACGCAUAUCUAAUAGAAUCAUUAUUCUCUGCGGUAACGAAUAAUUGCACUUUUUGGGCACAUCCCUGGGACAUGACAUACAGAGGCGCUCUGAAAGUUUUGAGCCAAACUUGUGGUCCAAACAAUUGUACUGAAAUGGGCAUCAGAGCUGAGAAUUAUUCACAACGAGGCAUCUUUUAUGUUGCUACUGCCGAACAUCCACCGUUUUGUGUGGGUGAUACUGCUAUUAAUCAGAAUCAACUGAUUUACCUCGCAGAAGAUCUGGCUGGGCAAUUGGAAGAUUGAUGAAAAUAUUUUGGGAGGAGAAAGAAUUUCAAAAGUUUCAACUAUGUGAGAAAUACAAGUAGAUUUAUGCUUUCCUUGAUAUGCAUUUCAAAAAUUGACGACCUGUUGAAUAACCAUGUAUUACAAUGAUAUAUUAAAGUUCGUAUAAUUAAAUUUCAUUCCUGCAAUCAUCGCGAAACAUGUAUCAUUUUUGGUUCACCUUGUAGUCACAAUGAACCUUAAAGUUUCAACCCUGCAUUCCACUCUUCAUCAAUGGCAUGCUAGAUAUUCCUUCUCCUAUAACGUUUUCGCAUCUACAGUAAAAAAGUUGUGUGCAAAUAGAAUGAGUUAUUGACCAAGCUAAAUCAAAUAUAAGGUAAAGUCGAACAAAAUAUAAAAUAUAAUGUGGUCAUUUAUCAAACUUAUAAAAAAUUAUAACGGUAUUCCUUACCAUCUCGACAGACGAGAUUGAUGCAACGAACAGAUAAGUAAAAUAGAAAAAGCAGUUACUACAUUCUUGCUUGAUUUCUGGAAUGCUUGCGUUUCUUUGCGUAAGUAACAAAAUUAUCACCAAUUAUUAUCAUUACCAUUAAAAUGAAAUAAGUGUUAACGUAGUUCCCUCGACUGUUCCAUAGAUGAUAAAUGAUAUUAAAUAUUGAGAACGGCCUUUUUUAAUAUUUAUCAUGGUGAACAUUUAUAAAGUAAGUGAUAGUUUUAUCUGUUAUAUCUUCUACGAAAUUUACAUCUUGCGAUGACUCAUGUGUUCAAAUUGGAAGUGUUUAAAAGAAGCAGAAGUCUAAUAUUUCAUAUCAUAUUGAUCGGUAGGAAAAACUUGGCUAGGUGAUUUAAUAUUCCUGCUAUGACUAUUAGGUGAUACCGCUGAUGAUAAGAAUGAAUUCAACUCAAAAACGAUCUGAAAUGGGAAUCAAACCACUAAUGGUGAAUUAACGACCAAGGAAAGAAUUCCAAGAUUAUAUCGAGCACGUAUCGAACAUAUCGGUAAAUAAAUGCUUUUAUUGACUUACUUUAUAAAAACAUGCCUGUUCAUCUUAAAUAACCACGUAUUAUCACACUACAUUAAGAAUAUUUACAAUUAAAUUUCGCAUUUUUCUUUCUCUUUCUUUUAUCGAUUAAUUAUUAUAUACAGUAUAUAUUUUUUGGUUCAGUUUGUCUUUUACGUUACAUGUAUUUAAACCGCGUGUACAUAUGCAUACUAAACGAAUUACAAUUAUUAUUAUAAUUAUAUUAUUGUUAUACAAAUUAUUGUCAACCUUUGAUGGAAUAUCAAGUGAGGUUCUGUAGUUACUAAUUAGUGACUGCAACUGUGCAUUGUAAUUAAUUUGUUAAAUUACAAUAUUUUUUUUUUACAUUCACAUGGCAAUGCUAAGUGAAUUAUCGAAUAUGUAUUGUAUAUAUUUGCGUAGGAUAAAUAUAUACGCCAGUGACAUAUUAUGUGACAUAUUAAUACCGUAAUCGUUCGUAAAUUCGUUUCUUUUUAUCACUAAAAAUCGCUGUUUUAAUUAUCGUCCAUUAAACCCAACGUCUGUUUUGCCGUUUUUAAUUGAAAUCAGCGUUAAUUUCCAACCAGAUGAAUUUGCACUCUGCCUAAGCUACUCAGUGACGUUAAACACCGGGAAAAAUAUCACGGUGAUGUUAAAUCCCGUACAACUACCACCGCGCAGAACAGAUUUAUGCAUGACGCACAAGGUAGCACGUUUCUGCAAUGAUCGGAGCGUAAAAUGAGCAAAAAAAAGAAAUAAUCAAAUCCGAGCAUCAUUGAAUUUCAUAAAAUAAUAUU